GAAGCAAAACCGUUUCGGUGAGCACACAGGAAGCCAAGAGAUAAGGAUAUAUGAAAAAUCUAUAUGAAAAUCUACCUGCAGACCACCAUCUAUUGCAGUGUGAUUGAAAAACGACAAAAUGACCAACUGGAAGCUGAAUUUUUGCUGCCUAUAUUUAAUAUCAGUGAUGUCGGCUAGUUUUGGACUGGAAGUGACGAUGAGUCAAGAUACCAUGGAGGUUGCCAGGGGUGAUGAUGUCACCCUUACAUGUAAUUUUAAACCUAAAAAUCAAGUAAAUGACCUUAUAAUUAUAACAUGGAUUGGUGAUCCUGAUGAGACAUCUAAAGAGAAGGUCCUUUUUGGUAACUAUUACUCCUAUGGUAAAGUAGACAUUGGAUCGGACUAUCAAGGCAAAGCCUUCAUAGAAACUGACCUUACUGCAAAAACGUCGAAAUUGACACUAAAACAAGUCACUAUUCAAGAAAGCAGAAGAAUUAGAUGUUUUGUUCAGAUUCCUGGAGACAUUGAAGGCAAAACAGCUGACACUACUUUUCUUUUGGUUCAGGUUGCACCAUCACAACCCAGUUGUAAGGUAGUAGGCACAGCAGAAUACGGACACAAUAUUAGCCUAACCUGUGUCUCUGAGGAGGGCUCGCCUACACCGACAUACAAAUGGGAGAGAUAUGAUGUCAAAAAUGCCCCUCGAGCAUUUCCUAUCAAAACCACAGAAAAGGAUGGAGUUCUGUCUCUGGUCAAUGUAUCCAUGGAGACAUCAGGUUACUAUAUUUGCCUGUCAACCAAUAAGGUCGGAUCAGCCAAAUGUAACAUGACAUUGUCUGUAAUGCCGCCUUCUAUGAAUCUUGCCACAAUAGGAAUUGUUGCUGGUUGUAUUGCUGGAGUUACAGUGCUCAUAAUAAUAGUCAUCAUCUGCUGCUGCCGCAAACGGAAACAGAAACAAAAAAACUAUGAAAUGGAAAAUCCAAUUGUGGAAUACCAUGACAAACCACCACUAGAAAAUACUGAGGACGGGAAUACAGACAACAUGGCGAUCACUGAAGAGAGACCUGACAAAGCUCGCAGUGAUGACCUCAAAAAUCACCAUGAUGACCGCAGAGGUAGCCGUGAUGACCUCAGAGACCGCUACGAUGAACGCAAAGGUAGCCGUGAUGACCUCAGAGACCGCUACGAUGAACGCAAAGGUAGCCGUGAUGACCUCAGAGACCGCUAUAGAUAAAAUCAUUAAGGUUAGCAUGAUGAUCGACAUGAUCGGUGAAGAACCAUUGAAUUAUUAUGACCACCACCAAAACCUUGAUUGCAACAAGGACAACCACUG